AUGAAGGCUCUACUUGGGUCUCAAGAUCUUUGGGAUCUAGUAGAAGAAGGCUAUCAAGAGCCAAGAGAAGGAGAGGCUCUCACCAAUCAACAAAGGGAGUCUCGAAAGAGGGAUAAGAAAGCCUUAUAUUUCAUCUAUCAAUCUAUAGAUGAAUCAGCCUUUGAGAAGAUCGCGGUGGCAACCACUUCAAAGCAAGCAUGGGAGAUUCUUCAAAAUUCUUAUAAAGAAGUAGAGAAAGUGAAGAAAGUUCACCUUCAAACUCUUCGAGGCGAAUUUGAAGCCCUACAAAUGAAGGAAUCCGAAUAUGUUUUGGAUUAUUUCACGAGAGUCUUAGCCGUUGUCAAUCAAUUGAGGAGAAACGGCAAAACUAUGGAUGACACCAGAGUAAUAGAGAAAAUUCUACGCUCAUUGGAUGUCAAAUUCAACUAUAUUGUGGUUGCUAUCGAGGAGUCAAAAGAUUUGGAAGAGAUGACAAUAGACGAGCUUAUGGGUUCCCUACAAGCUCAUGAAGAAAGAUUCAACAAGAGGAGGCGAGAGCCCUUGGAGCAAGUUCUUCAAUCCAAGAUUUCUUUGAAGGAGAACAAAGAAGACUCCAAGAAUGAAAGGAGUCAAAGAAGCCGAGGACGAGGUCGUGGCCAAUGGAGAGGUCGUGGACGCGGUCGAGGACGUGAAGGCUACAAUAGCAGAGAAGAGUUAAGCCAAAUUUCAAAAGGAGGACGUGGACAAGGAGGCUCAUCUAGAGGCAGAAAGUAUGACAUUUUCAAAGUUCGUUGUUUUAAUUGCAACAAACUUGAUCAUUAUGCUUUGGAUUGUUGGUAUAAUAAUGCUAACCAAGUUAAAGAGAAGGCUCAUUAUGCAAAGAAGAAAGAAGAAGAUGGUGAUGAAGUCUUAUUGCUUGCUUGCAAAGAAGAUGACACCGGUUAG